GCCAUUCUUUAAUGUGAAAGCGCGUAUGAAGAAUGCGCAUAAAGAAACGCACCCGCGUUGAAGCCGCACGUUCGCACGGUGUGUUAUUUCGGUGUGCAGUGACAACCCUUAGAGGCACGGGCGCAAUAAUCAAUUUGAAUAUUGUGAAGUACUCACAGAGGUCAAGAGAUGAAGAACAUGAACUACGGCACUCUCAAGACUCGCGCACGGGUCACGGCGAUAGAGAGAGGGCGCACGGGAUGGUAACGCGCGUAUCGAAAAGCAUCAGUGCGAGAUCAGAUAGGGACUUUAACAAUAGUCAAUUAUUCUCCUCGCAUUCGAUUGUAAUCAUCCCAUGGUCUACCGGCUUAUUUAAACUUUACUACACCAAUUUAUAAUAGAACCUAAACCUAAGCAUACAUCAAAUAUAAAACACGUUUUGGACGCAAAAAAACUAUUUGUAAGACAAUAAAACUGUUAGUUCAUAAUAAUCACUUAUAUUAUAUAGACGUACGUAAUUAUUUUAGUAGUAAUUACUUAUUAUAGUUUUUUCCUUAUAGUACUUAACGACAUUAAUAUUUUUUUUGUCACGUCAUAAUUAAUUUGUAUAAGGAAUUUGCAUUAAAUUAAAGAGAUAAUAAAUUUUGUCGUAAAUAUAAUUUUAAUAGAAUUCAUUAUACAUAUUUUAAAUCAAUAAACUGGAUAAACUAAAAAUAUAUUUAUAUAUCAAAAUGUUACUUAGAAUUAUUGACUCGGUUUUUAUAAAUACAUAAUUGAACUUUCACAUAUAAAUAUAGCGUAUAAAAUUAAUAUUGCACAAUGAACUAAAAAUAAAAAUGACUAUAUCUUAAAAUAUUACUCAGUCAGAAUUAUUGCCAUUUUUUGAAAUACUUAUUGUACUAUCGUAUAAUAAAUAACAGUACGUACAUCACAGUAACAUUGCACAAUAAACAAAAAAACACACACAUAUAUAAAAAUAUAUAAAAAUAUUAUAUAAAAAUAUUAGUCAUGUCAUAGUUAUUGUGCUUUUUUUUAGUAAUACCGCAUCUUAUCACAUAACAGUAACACUGUACAAUAAACAAAAAAAAA